UUUGAUGAUUCAGUGAUCGCCUGGGAGAUCAAAAUUUGAUUUUUAUUUGAUUGGAAUUGGGAUCUGGAAUCUAGGGUUUAGUUGGCUGAAGGGGAAGCGAUGGGGGAGGAGUUUUCGGGUUCAUCCACGGCUAUUGGUUCAUCCAAUAUCGGCUUCCAGCUUUUGAAGAAGCACGGAUGGAAAGAAGGAACUGGGCUUGGAAUUUCUCAGCAGGGUAGGUUGGAGCCGGUAAAAACUUAUUUGAAGAACAAUAAACGAGGUCUAGGAUCAGAAAAAGUAAAGAAGAAACUACCAAAGCCUCUUGAAGCUCCCAUUUCAGAAUGCCAAAAUGACAAGGAUCAAACACCUCCAAGGAAAUCUAAGGCAUCUAAAAGGAUGAGGAAGAUGCAGGAGUUGGAACAACGUUUGCAGGAAAGGGAAUUUGAGCGGGCAUUUCGCAGGGAGUUCUGGCCAGAUAAUGUGUGACAAUGGAAUUUGUACAGGUUUUAGACUUCUUGUAGACUCAUUUUUGCCCUUUAUUUUUGGGCUGUUGCAAGAUUAAUUGUAUUACUCAACACACAGUUUAUGAUAGAAAUUUUGUACAUAUAUCACCAUCA